CAACAAAAUACAUAUCAAGAGAGAAUGAGUAGAGAAGGAGGAGAUUGGAUGUGCCAGGCGUGCCAGCACAUCAACUUCAAGAAGCGGGAGGCCUGCCAGCGGUGCAGUUGCCCCAAGUACUCCACCGCCGCUGAGGUGGAGGCGUAUGCCGCGGCGCAGAGGACGGAGGUGAUGGCGGGGGACUGGUAUUGCGGCGCCAUGAACUGCGGCGCUCACAACUACGCCAGCCGAAGCACCUGCUACCGCUGCGGCGCUGUCAAGACCUACUGCACCUACGGCGGCUAUGCCUACGAGGCCGUUCCCGGCUGGAAAACCGGCGACUGGAUUUGCAAUCGACUAGGAUGCGCCAUGCACAACUAUGCUAGCAGGACGGAAUGCUAUAAAUGCAAAACACCCAGAGAGUGAGGUCAUUUCUCUCUCUAAACAACAAAUGUGGAUGGUUUUGGUAGUAACUAACUAAUUAUGUGUUUAAUUAAUACUACUAAUUUUUGUUUUCUUGUGAUUUAAUACUAAUGCAGGAAGAGUAAUUGGGUGGGGAAUUGGAAGAUACUAACUAGUAGUAGGAGGGAGUUGAACAAGUGCUCUUUUCUUGUACUUUUAUUCUACUAGAAUUUUGUUUUAUUCUUUUUCAGAUUUCAUUUGAAUUAAUGAUCAUCCAUCGAUCACAAAUUGUUAAUCCCACUGCAUUAUUUAUAGGUUAAUUA